GCAAAAAGCUAAAGGCACAUAAUAACAUCGAAAUUCGAAAGCUAAAAAAAAAACUUAUUAUUUUUUUGGUUAAGUAAUCAACCAGAAGCCCCAUCUGAGCAGAGCGGGUGGUCCGUGAAAAGCAGCCAAAAAUCGAGAUGUCUGACAAGCAGCAGCAGAAGCCUGCAAAGCCAGCGAAGGCAGCAAAGGAUGCGAAUCCGGGCAGCAGCGGAAACAGCAAUACGCGACCCAAUGCCAGCCAGAUGGAGCAAACGGAGAAUACGAAUGUGUUUAAACAGCUCUUUGCCACGCUCGAGGCAGAGCACCAGAAGCUACAGGAUCUGGAGCAGCGUCGUCUCAAGCUCACCGAAGAGAUGAAGAAUCUGCGCGAUAUGCUGCAGCAGGAGAACCGCAGGCUGCGCAGCAGCUCCGAGGAGGCCCAGGCCCGCAACAAUGCCUCAGCAGGUUCAACAUCAGCCGGAACAGUUCUCAGUUCUCUAUUUGGCAGGAAAUCGAAGAGUGUCAAAAUAGCCAAACAGCCACCAAAACAAAUCGCCCAUCAGCAUCAAAUGCCCGACCAUAUUGACCAGGGCAUACACUUGAACACAUUGGAAAAUCAAAUGGCUGGGCGUGCUGGCAAGGAGGAACUACAACUGAUGCCAGCGGAGCUCUGCGAGCCACCUGGCCCACAAACGUCCGAGGUGCUCAUCCAGCUGAUCGAUUCGAGCUCUGCCAUGAGGCAGCUGCAGACAAUCGAAUUGCCAGCGCUUUGGCAUACGCCCGUCAGCUCAGUGGAUCUGGAGUCAUUUCUACAGAUGUCGAACACAUCCGUGGCCCAAUCAAGCACUGAUGAGUCUAGAGACGCUGAAUGAGUGCGUCGAGAACAGAUUCGCGGUAGCAAGCUAGAUCGAUUCAGGUGCUCAGCAUAGCCAUAAUAUAGAUAUAUACUUUAGAUACCAGGGGAACCAACAUAAAGUUCACUUACAAAUUUUAGUAUUCAAUGUUUGACAUAAGUACACAAAAGCCUACCUGAUCAGACUGUAUAACAACUAGUUGAUUUCUAUUCAAUGGGUGGACACACUAAAUACCCUAUAUACUGCCUAAAUACUAUUCAACUGAGAGCAAAACAAAUCUAGCAGAGAAACAUAGAUGUAGUAUUGUAUCAAUUGCAAGUAGUUCUCGGCAAAUGAAUGGCUCAAGGCUCAAGGCAGGUCCAGGGAUAAGGUGUUCUCCUCCUUUUCUCCCAAGCUAAGGCAGCAAGUGCUAUUUGAAAAGAAUUUAAUCAUAAUAUCUUUCUCGCGCUGAUAUUACGAACUCUAGAAAUAUGAAAUAUUUUCAAUGACGUCUUCUCUUUUUAAACAAUUAAAUAUACAAUUUUUU